UUAGUGAUUUAAUGAAUGUCACUUUUUGUCAUUUUCAAAUUUCCCGCCGUUCCAUCCCCCGUACAUCCUGACGCUCGCAGGGGACGGAACCCAGAUGACAGAUGCCGGCAUCCGCCGGAUUACAUUGCCGGGGACACUGCAGGAGGGACAUCGCGGGAGCACAGGACAAGGUAAGUGAUCGAGGGAUCCCGGAGCAGCGCCGCAGGGUAAUCCCGGGUGUAGCUCGCAGUUACCGCUCUUGGUACUGAAACUUUACCCCGAGCUACACUCGGGAAUACCGCCAGGGAGAGACAUACUACUACUGGGGUAGAUUUACUAACACUGGUGCACUCAGAAUCUGGUGCAGCUGUGCAUGGAAGCCAAUCAGCUUCAACUUGUU